UUCGGACAAUUUAGCAUACACGCUCAACAAAAAAUUUAACUGUCAAUGUUAUAUUUUGUAGUAGAAUUUACUCCAACGCAUAAAGUCUGGACUACUUUCAAAGAUAUUAACAAAAAACGAAGUGGAAAAGGGAAUAUGUAAAUUAAGGCACGCGCGAAAUUUUCUUUAGACAACCGAAGAAGAAAAUGCCCCGUCUUUGGACUAUGUCAUUUUGGCUUUUGGUUGGAUGGUUAUUGGCCGCAUUACAAACGAAAGUCGACGCCGAGACAUGUGGAACAAAAGGGAUCAGUUGUGUAAGCGAAACUUCAUAUAAAUCUUGUUAUACGGUUUCCUACAAAGUUGUCACCACCGGCGAUGAGAUUACAUGUCAGAAUGGUUACAGAUGCGAUGAAGACGAGGGAGAUACUGCAUGUAUUGUCGACUUAAGUAAAACUACAACUAAAUCGAGUAUUAUUACAUCUGAAGAGACGCAACCGCCAGUAACUAGUACCAGCAGCGCUCCGGUAGACCAAACCAGUGCUGGAGUGACAGGAAGUCCAAACUCCGCUGCAUCUUCUCCUAUUGUUAGACCAUCAGGUUCAACUUACGACGCAUCUAUUCCUACCGUUAGAGCAACUGGUUCAACUCACGCUGCAUCUUCUCCUACUGUUAGAGCAACAGGUUCAGGCUCUUGUCCAAGUUAUCCACCUGCUCAAGUAUGCUCUCAAUGUAUCAAUGUCAUGUGGGACUUCUAUUCCAAUGGAGCAGUUGUUACAUCUACUAAUGCCAAGGAGACUACACCGUCAACCACAAUCAGUACCGCUGGAACAACUACCGGCACUACCCCUGGUACAACUACUGCAACUACUCCAGUAACUCCUCCUGCAUCUUGCUCAACUGCGAACGUUAGAUAUCCAUCUGCACGAUGCAACCAAUAUUAUCGCUGCCGACUUAUAUCUGGAACCUACUAUGUAGUAGAAGAAACCUGUUCAGCUGGUCAAGCGUUUAACGCAAACACUUUGCAAUGCGAGGACAGCGACGCUUGUAGUUACUUGUAAAAAUAAGUAAAAUGUGUUUUCAAAUUUUAUUUAAAAAUGUGUUUUCAUAUUUUACUUCUAUUAAAUUGAA